AACAGUUGGCUAGCUUAAAGUAACAUCCUCAAUGGUUGAAAUUGUCAGAAACCACAAACCCUUCUUUUUCUCAACUCCAAUCACUUUUGCCACCCAAUUUUAUCUCAAUUCAUUUUGCAUACACACAAAGAGAGAAAGAGAGAAGAAGAAAGUUUGUUCCGUUACAGCCUCACAAUUGCAACAAAGUUUCGUAUAAAAGAAGACAUCAAUUUCGCUGGUCCUCCUUUGUCUGAGGAUCUUGGAGACGAGGAAACAACAAACACACACAAAAAAACCCAAAAAAGAAAGAAAGAGAAAGCAAAAAAAAAUGUCUUUCACAGGAACAACCGACAAAUGCAAUGUUUGCGAUAAGACAGUCUAUGUGAUGGACAUGUUGUCCAUUGAAGGAAUGCCCUACCACAAGUCUUGCUUCAAAUGCACCCAUUGCAAAGGCACCCUUGUGAUGAGCAACUAUUCAUCCAUGGAUGGAGUGUUGUACUGCAAGACUCAUUUUGAGCAACUCUUCAAGGAAUCUGGCAAUUUCAGCAAAAAUUUCCAACCAGGAAAAACUGAGAAGCCGGAGCAGAAUAAAACUCCAAGCAAGAUAUCUUCAAUCUUCUGUGGAACACAAGACAAGUGUGCUGCUUGUGACAAAACUGUCUACCCUCUUGAAAAGGUGCAAAUGGAAGGAGAAUGCUUCCACAAGACAUGUUUCAAGUGCGCUCACGGUGGCUGCAUGCUGACUCACUCCUCGUACGCUUCCCUAGACGGCGUUCUCUAUUGCCGGCAUCACUUUAACCAACUCUUCCUGGAGAAAGGAAACUACGCUCACGUCCUCCAAUCCGCCAACCACCGUCGCACGGCCUCAGGUAACACUCUUCCUCCGGAGACCACUGAAGAAGUCGCCGUCGAAGCCAAGGAAGAGAACGGCGAUUCACAGUCUUGAAAACAAAAAUAUAUAUUCCAGUGAGUUUGUGAGUGAUUUGAAUUUAAUGUACUGCGACAAAAGAUUUGAUUUCAUUUGUA